GAGUGUAAACGUCAAAAUCAGAAAACAAACUCUCAAAAGUGGAUGCAAAAAUUUCAAUUCGUGUUAAUUUAUAUUUUUUUCCUAUUAAAACAAUCAAAUUUAGCCUAAUUAAAGUUCUAAAGUAAAUGUGAAUGUGUUGUGAUUAUGAAAAAGUUAAAUCCAUUGAUUGGUGCUACCGUUUGCUCGUGAAAAAUCGAUAGACGCCACCGCAGUGCAGUUUUCCAGACGCCACCCUCGCCCCGCAGCACCUACUCCGGAUCAUCCUUCAAACAUGGAAGUGAUGGACAUGAGCUGCGACUACGAUCUGAGCGUAAUCUGCCGAUCCUGCCGGAAGGAGCACCCCCAUCUGCAGCCCAUCUUCGACAACAUGCAGGGGAAUGGUGUUCUGCUGCAGGAAAUGAUGUCCAACUGUACGCAGCUGCAGAUCUACUGCAACGACGGGAUGCCCCAGAAUUUGUGUCCUCCGUGCGUCACGGACAUCCAUACGGCUUAUGGGCUGCUCAAGCGGUCCGAGCAGAGCGACCGGCUGCUCCGGGAGUACCUGUCUCGGAGGAAAAUGGAUGGUUCCGGCAUGGAGAGUGUCGUCAAGGUGGAAGUGUUCGAAAUUAAGCCGGAAAUAUCGCUAGUGGACGCGGAUCCACUGAUAGGGGAGAAGUGCUUUGCCGUGGCGCUGGGCGAUGGCAUCCGGGAUGCGGGAUCCGACGAUGGCGAGGGGUUGAUUGAAGCCCUGGACGAUGAUGGGGAUGAUGAUGAUGAUGCCAUUCAGACGGAGCUCGGAGAUAACAAUGAUCGCGACAGCGACGUCGAUUACGAGGUGGAAAACCUGGAAGAACUGAUCGAAGAGGCCGAACUGGAAGAGGAAAAGCCCCGGAAAAAUCAAACGCGUGGCCGGAAAGGACAUGGUUACACGAGGAUAGCGGGCGGGAAGUAUGCAUGCGAUUACUGUGAGAGGGAAUUUGUGGACAGACGCGGAAUUACGAAUCACGUCAAGCUGCACGAGCCCAAAGAGCCAAAGCUGAAGGAGUGUCCGACGUGUGGCAAGAUGUUCACUACCGCUUACCAUCUGUCGAGACACGUCAAGAUUCACGACGAGGAUGUUCAGUGCGAGCACUGCGAGAGGAAAUUUCCCAUCGAUGGCUAUGGCGAGUAUGUGCAGCAUAUGGAACAGGAACACCCGGGGAAGGAACCGAUUCCGCAAAAAACACCAGUUGCAAAUGAUGACAGGCAAGAUCCGGCUAGGCCGUUCCGGUGUGGAAUAUGUUCCAUGAGGUUCACUCGGCGAACGCAUCUGAAUCGUCACGUGAUCGGCCACAGCUCGGUCAGACAGUACGAAUGUGACCUUUGCCACCGGAAGUUCCACCGAAAGGACAACCUGAGGAUGCACUUGGAGAGACAUGGCGUAGUCACUAAAAAACCGGAACCUGCUGUGAGGAAUCCCAUGCUUCCAAGGUUAAAGAUAGAAGAAGGAACGGAGGUGGUUGCUCCGGUGGCGGAGAAACAGGGGCCACGGACAAAGCUUUGUCCAAUUUGCGGGAAGAAUUUCGGUAGGGCUUAUCAUUUGAAUCGUCACUUGCGUUUGCACGCUACGAAGCCGGAGUACUUCGCGAGGCAGAGCAGGAUGGUGGACCAUGUUACCGAUCUAGUUACUGGUGCUGAUGGUUGUUCGAAGAAGAUCGUGCGAUGUACAAUCUGCGACAGAGGUUUCGGUAGAUCCUAUCACCUGAAAAGGCACAUGAAGCAGCAUGGCAUCGACGCUUUUCGACCGGCCCCAUCGAAGGCUGACAAGAUUGAGAAGUAUGACAAGACCGAGCGAGAGCUGGCCGACUUAGGACUAUCUCUCACGGCAGAGCUGGUGGCCGAACGAGGGAAGAUGGAAGCCAUCUGUCGGAUUUGCGAUACCACUUUCGAUAGGAUCGCCGAGCUUCGAAAUCAUCUGCGGACCCAUGCGGAUCCGAAAUCCUUUGCCGACAUCAAUAUCCACACCAAACCGUAUCUGUUCGAGGAUGGUUACGUUCAGGAGAACUACCUGGACUACUUGGUACAGCAGGUGUGCAGGUGGGACGUACUUCGGUUCCACCAAAUCGUGGACCCCGAUGGCGAGGAGCUGGAACUGAGUGACUCCGAUUCGGAACCGGAGGACAUGGAACAUCCCAUAGAAGGAAUCAUCCACAGGGAACACAUCUGUGGACUGUGCAGUCAGAGCUUCCUACGGAGGAAGCAUAUUAUGGACCACGCCAGAGAACAGCACAACCCGGAAGAACUGUUUGCUUGCAGACACUGUUCACGUGGCUUCCCGAGCACCGAACUCCUUUUGCGCCACAUGAAACAGCAAUGUCAAAAUCAACACAAGAAGUUCCUGUGCACGUUCUGCAACGAGAAGUUCAUGUGGCAGACCAGUUUGAACAAGCAUGCCAAAGUGAAGCACAAACCCGCCCGGCCACUGUGGAUCAAAACGGAACCGAGCGGCGAGGAGGAGAAGAAGUACGUUUGUCAGGUUUGCUGCAAGGGCUUCCAACGUUUGGAGCACCUCGAGCGCCACAUCAAGAUCCACAUCCCGUCGGAGAAGAAGUUCGAAUGUACCCAGUGCCAUAAGAAGUUCAACCGAAAGGACAACCUGCGGUCGCACAUGAAGAUCCACAAGAAGAAGACGACGGACGAGGCGGACGCCGCCGAGAAGCAGAACCAGCUGUGCGUGUACUGCGGUCGGGCGUUCUCCAACUCGUCCAAUUUGAUUGUGCACUUGAGGCGGCAUACCGGCGAGCGGCCGUACAAGUGCGACAUUUGCGAUAAGGGCUUCCCACGUUCGUCGGAUUUGCAGUGCCAUCGAAGGACACACACAGGCGAGAAACCCUGUCUGUGCACCAUUUGCGGAAAGGGCUUCUCUCGAUCGAACAAACUUGUUCGCCACAUGCGAAUCCACACCGGAACCAGACCGUACGCGUGCACUUACUGUGACCGUUCCUUCACCCAGUCGAACGAUCUGACCCUGCACAUCCGACGUCACACGGGCGAGAAGCCCUACGUGUGCGGAGUGUGCAACGAGCGGUUCAUCCAGGGGACGGCCCUCAAGGCCCACCAACGGAUAACGGGCCAUUUCGACGAUGGCACCACCCAGCCGGAACGGUUCGCCAGCAUCAGCGUCAACAAUCCGAACCGGGUGGAAAACAGCGGCCCGAAAGCCGUACGCACAAGCCCGGGAGCGUCGGGGGAGGGUAUCCCUAAGGUCGUCAAGCCAGUCAAGUCACGUAAGAAGACCAAGCAGACCGCAAGUAGCAGUAGCAGCACGGCCGUUAGCUCUCAACCAAUGAUCAGUGAACCGCCGGCAACCGUCGUAACAUCACCACCCACAUUGACCGUUAGCUCGGCACCGACUUCGCCCGGUGAUAGCAGUUCCACCGGUGGGGGAAGACCUCCUCCGCAUCCUUCCUCGUUGGGACUGAACAAUCUUUCCGGGACACCGCACGGUUACGUCCCGGUGCCCUAUAUCAUGCAGAACUACGAUCUCGCCUCGACGGGACUGUUCUCGCAGAAUUUCAGUCAACAAUAAUAGCCCCGUAGUGUAGCGCUUUGUCCCGUUCUAAAAUUCUCUACUGUUUGCGUGUAGUUGUGUCAUAAGGAUUAUAAUGGAUAAUAAAAGGAAACUGCUAAACAAGUAAAGCUUAAAA